GCUAGACAACGAUGGGCGUGGUGAAACAGAUUGCGUUCGACGUCGUUCUCAUCUGCGUAUUCACCGUUUUGUCACUAUGGAAAACUCUCUUUUUCUUUUUAUGGCGUCUUUUCUUUCGCCCUAAGCGUACAGGUUCGCUAAGGACUCCAGAAGAACGUUUCAGUGAUCUAGCCGACUACCCGUAUGCUCCUCACUACAUGGAAAUCGAGGGCUACAGAGUCCAUUAUAUUGACGAAGGACCAUCGAAUGCUGAUAAGACUGUUGUGUGUUUACACGGGGAGCCUACGUGGUCGUACUUGUAUAGAAAGUUGGUGAGGCCGCUCACUGACGCAGGACAUCGAGUUGUGGCUCCGGAUUUUAUUGGUUUUGGGAAAUCAGACAAGCCGAGCGAUGAGGCUGACUUCACACACGAACUGCAUAUGCGCACAGUAAAGGACUUUUUUGAAGGCCUAGACCUCACCAACGUGACCCUCGUCGUCCACGACUGGGGCGGCAUCACCGGUCUCACAGCACUCGAGUCGAUCAACGACCGAGUGAGCCGACUAGUCAUACUCAACACCGCCAUUCCACCCUCCGGUGGCAGCCAAAUAUCAUUCAUAUCAAAAAUGAACUUCCUAAUGUGGCGAUCGUCGGCAGCUUUCUUCGAAUCGUGGCUCCCUAUUGCGAGGGUAAUGAGCACCGCUGUACCUGGAAUCUCUCCCGAUGCGAUUAAGGGCUACACGGCACCUUUCCCGGAUCGACAUUACAAGAUCGGUGCCGGCAAGUGGCCUCUCAUGGUGCCACUCAGUAGGCACGGACAUGUGGCAAUGUACACAAGACCUGCUCGCGAGUUUCUGUCGCAUUGGAAGAAGCCGAGUCUCGUGAUGUUUUCUGAUAAGGAUCCGUUGUUGAGGGACUUGGCUCCGUACUUCAAGCAGCUGAUACCCGGAACCAAAGACGUGCCGGCUGUUGUGAUUCGUGGAGCGAGACACUUUGUGACCGAAGAGAAGGGAGAGGAAGUCGCCGAACGUAUCGUGGAGUUUUUGGAGCGUUGAGUUGACGAUGAAAGAGAGUUGAUUGUUAGAGACGAGGAUUUGUUACCGAGUGUGUAUUGUGUGGUGGUGCAUUGUUGUUGUGCUUAUCAGCUGAUGUUCAUAGUCAAGCAAUAGAUGUACACGCAA